GAUUCAUGUGACGACAACAUUAAAGUCACUUACAAUGGCAACGUAAAUAAACAUUAGAAUAUUGAAAAAAAUAUAUAUAAACGGCAACGAAAACAAUUGUAAAUGAUUCGCAAAAACAAACAUUUGACGCAUAAAAAAAUAUAAACUACGUAAAAAGGAGCGAAAACUGGUUCGAAGAGUAGACUAUACGUGUAUCAACGAAGUCCUUUGUAAAGAGUAACAAACAAUUUUAAAUGAUCUGUAAAUAAACAAUUAAAGUAAAAGAUUAGAUCAAAUUUGCCAAUCGACGAUAUCAUAUACUUCUCAACCAGAGCUGUAAAACGUUAGGGGAAAAACCGUUUUCUGAGGGCGUUAAUCGUUUACUGAACAGGUCGACCCCCUCCCAGGAAUCAGCUGAGCGGUGACGGGUGGGAUCCUAGACGUAUCCUUCAGAAUACCGUCGCUCAAAGACGCGCUAACGGUUGUUUCAAGUCAAUAUGAUCCUACUGACGGCGCAAGCGCUGCUCACGCUGCUUUUCCAUCUAGCCCAAGCAGGAUCCCAAGGAACCAAAGCAAGCAGGCAACGGCAUUUCGGACCAUAUGGUCGAUACACUACCCUUGGCGACUUCGUUACGAGCGGCUAUGGUACUAUAGUAUACAACACCGAGGACCAGCAACACAACACCCGCGUCUUCUCAGACAGCGUUAGGAACCACGACGACCAAAACAAUGAGAACGACUACAAUCUACGAGGCGUCUACAGAAACCACAACUACGACACGAACCAUGACAUCGACAACGACCCCUAUUAUGACGAUUACGACCACGACCAGAAUGGCAGUGCCAAAGGCAACCUUGAUUUGGGUGGAAGUCUGAUCAACAACGUAAACCGUCAUCAACACCAACAGCGGUUUAACGGUUACGCCCCCUCUCAAACCAAAGCCUUCAACGGCUUCGGCUUUGACCUAAACCCUCGGCCUAGCACCAACACCGCCCCAAGAGGACAAAGGGACAGGGGUCUAUUCGAUAACGAUAAAAACAACGGACCGAAUUCCCAUAAACUUGAACAAUUAAUAAGACUUUAUCAGGAGAACCCAACCGAAUUCGAGCAGCGACUGGGGAUGGCAGACAUUGCAGGGGUUCUGCUCUCAGAACUGGGCGGGAAUCGGCGGAGUGGUGGAGGGAUGUUUGGGAAUAGCUUCGGAAAGAUGAGUCUAGACGUGUACAGCAUCUUCGCCAUAGGAAUGUUCGGGGCUUUUAUCGCCUACAUCGUCUACUUCUUCAUAUCUGUGGAAGGUGGUGGUGGUGGGGGAGGAGGGGGCCGCCAUGACAUCUCCAGAGAGGGAGGACGAGGAGAAGUGUUGUUGGAGAUUCUCAAUGACGUCACCAAUGCGUUCGCGCGAUGGGCAGUGUUUGAAAAUCUACCACACGUUCGUGCUAACAGAACGGAGGCAGAGGAGGAGCCGACGAAGGAAUCUUGAAUUUAACUGAGUUGUGGUGUUUCUUAAAAAAAAAAAAAAAAAAAUGCAUUUUUAGGAACGUUUUUUCCCAAGCUUUUCUUCUGUCUUUGUGGAUACGAAGUUCCUGUACCUGGGCUGACAAAUUACUGGAAGCCAGCAACGAAAAAAAUAAGCUAAUGGUUCUCACCCCUCUUCUAUACACACACACACACACACACACACAAGUUCACUGUAUCUUUAAAUGAAUAAAAAAAAAAACUUUAAGUCAAAUGAAAAUAACUUUGAACAAAGGUUCUAUAUACUCGUACUCUUAUCAUGACUUAAGCCUUGACUAUGGAGUUACCACAGGUUACUUCUAAGGCACACUCAGGUGAAUUUUUACAAUGUUCCCGUCUAGCUACAAAUUCUACAUAGCUUUAACGUCUAUCUUUUUUUAACUCUCUCUCUCUCUCCCUCUCAAUAUCCUCCUAAGUUAAAUGGGCAUUAAUUACAAUAUAUUUUCUCGCUUAUUCCUUCAGCUCCAUUUACUGAUUUGUUAGUCUUUGUUAUUAACUUUACUCACAUUUGGGCUCUCCUUUACUCUGAGGAAGCCUGCUUUGCAAGGAAAAUGCCUUUUAAGAUUUUUCAAAGAGAAUGUUUGCAUAUUCUAAAAUAAAAAAAACAAUGUACUCUUCACUUUUAUGGAUUAUAAGUUCUCUCAAUAUAUAAAUGGAACUCAGAGUUUAAAGUAUUCUCAAAAUCUUACAUUGAAAAGAAGUGUAAAGCAAUAAUAUGUAACUGUCUGUAUAUGGAUUACUUUAUUUAUAAAUAAAGUCCUUUUUCUUA